AUGUUCGUCUUGAUUAUUCUGGAAUAUUUGUUACUCGACGAGAAGAAGUACAAUUUCAGCGAUGCAGUGACGUCGAUAAAUGGAGGACUUAUUUAUCUCGUCAUAAAAUGUGGUGGUUACUGGCUUUGCUCUGCGGUCUAUCCGGUGGUAUACGAUCGAGUGCAUUUAAUAGAUCUGCCGAAAGAUUCGGCUGCUGUAUGGAUUCUGUGUAUUGUCACAAACGAUUUCGUCUACUAUCUUGGUCAUCGUGCUGUACAUGGUGGGUGUAGGUAA